AUUUGACCAUUCACAGCGAAAAUAAUGCCACGGAACAUGUAUUAGAUCUAAGUUGUUACAUAAUGCCUAUUUCUAUACAUAUUGCAAAACUGAAAACGAUAGCUUGACCUGGAUUCUAUAUGUAGAUAUCUCUUUAAAUUUCUGGGAAAUCGCAACCACAAGCUGUGCACAAUUGCAUUAACUUCUUGAGUUAACUGAGUCAGUAGAUCAAAGUAUAAAUGCAUCAGACUUCAGCCAUAUUGUUGGUACAUUUAUAGAUUUAGCGGCUAUUUCGAUCUGUGCAACAGUUUCUCUCGGAAUUCCCAAAACAUGUCGGAAGAAGGAAGCGGACGCAAAGAACUGACGCUGGAGAAAAUGGAGAAAUACAAAGAACUGAGGCGAUGUAUGCUUUGCAAGAAGCGGUCAUUUCUGGACAUGGUCAUCUGUCCAAGAUGCUUGGAGUUUAGUUACUGCUCACAGCAAUGUCUUCAGAAUGACCAAAAGGAUCACAAAAACUUGUGCACAAUCAUAGGACUCAAGAAAGGCAUCCUGGAAGUAGUAUCUGACGAAACUUGUAAACUCGAAAAAGAAAUCCAACAACACGCUCGACUCCUUGAUGACUCUGGGGACAUGAAGGUUUUAAAAAAUACAACAAGCCAAGAAGAUCAAAAAGGUCCAAAGAGCAGUUCUAGAGAAGACAAAACUGAUCCAAAGAGCAGUUCUAGAGAAGACAAAAAAGAACCAAAGAGCAGUUCUAGAGAAGACAAAACAGAUCCAAAGAGCAGUUCUAGAGAAGACAACACAGAUCCAAAAAGCAGUUCUAGAGAAGACAAAACAGAUCCAAAGAGCAGUUCUAGAGAAGACAAAACAGAUCCAAAGAGCAGUUCUAGAGAAGACAAAACAGAUCCAAAGCGCCCAAAGAUCUUUCCUAAGGAAAGCCAAAAAGAGGCGCUCACCAAGGAAAACAAAGAUAUUAACAAACGAAACGAGUCUUCUCUUCCCAGUGGUCAUUUCGGUGAAAUGUUGGGCCCUUGCAGUCAAAAAGACCUUUCUGGUCAAACGUUUGGAGACGGGUGGUGGAAAUCAAAGCCGCACGGCAGAUCAAAAGACGAGUCACAAAUGGACAAGUCCUCAUCAGCAAGUUACGUCGCUAGUCAAGAUCACGCAGAACAAGCCGCCAACUCUAGCCCAUUAGUUGAAACCCAAAAUUCCAUCCCUAGAGAAAAUACUCGGAAUGAAAGCCAAGUGAAAGAAGAAGACUCUCCAGGCCAAGCGAAAGGAGACGGCCCAGCAGGCCAUUCCACGCCAGAGGAGGAGAUCUCAGGAGCUGUUAGUGGAAUGGAGCUAGUCCCAUACAAGAAAGACCCAAAUGGCGAGAACGACGACGACGAUGAAGACACGAUGAAAUGGGAGAAAUGUUUUUACUGCAAGAAAGAGAGCUACAGGAUGCUGAAGUGUUCUCGAUGCCGAGUUGGAAGAUACUGCAACAAAGAAUGCCAGAAAAAGGACUUCCCGAAACACAAGAAGCAUUGUGCUCGAGUUGGCAGGUUUAUAGCUGCCAUCAAGAAGAUACCAAGGAACAUAUUAUUUCAGUCAAUACUUGGGUUUGGGGUGCCGGAGAUCUCCACAAGCCUGGACUGCUUAGGUUCGACGAUUCAACAUAUGCUUUUUGGACCCAGAUACUCAGUUCUGCUUGAGAUCGUAGGACCAUAUUAUCAUCCUUUUAGACACGGUGUCAAUGUGAUGGACAGGGACGGUAAGACAACUCACAUUUUGUUCUAUGAUCCUUUGGGUGUGUACUAUCAUCAGGCUGGUUUCUUUCCCCUUCCGAUUCCUCUGUCGGCAUGCCUGAAACCAGGGAACUUCAUUCUUCUGUUAGACGCCCACUGGCACUUCUUUAUGGAUGGAACUGUUGGUGUCAGAAUUGAUGACCUGAGAGAUGUGCGUUUCAUCCUUAACAGCAUGAACUAAUUUUAAGGGAUCUUUUAGCCAGUUUAGCGGCCAAACAAGUUUUUAUGAUAAACUAUUGUUGAAAGGCUCAAUUAAAUCUACAAGGAUAACUGUUGUAUUAUAUGCUGCACUUUAUCUCUCUCAGGACUAUCAGCUCUGUGCAACAUUUUUCUUUUUUUUUCUUCUUUUAAUUGAAAAACAGUACAAGUAAUGACUCUAAGAUUGAGGGCUUGUUACUUCCGGUUGGAUUAGAUAAAUAGCAUAAAGUGAUCAGACCUCAAACUCCAUUGUUAAAGUAUUCAAGGUAAAAAAAGGGAAUACAAAGGUAUACUCUCUACACUCUUUUCAUCCCAUUCCUAAAAUAAUAAUCACGUGACAGAAUUAGAGUAGGGAUUAACAGGAUUGUUUCUGUACAAGACUGUAGAGCAGAAGCGUAGCUAAGGUUGGUGUCACCCGAUUCGAUUUGUUAAUGGCUUCAACCCAGUCAAAAAAAAAAAUGUCACUAUAAAAUCUGUGGUUGAUUAUUUCUUUUUGUUAAAUCAUAAAAAUAUGAUUACCUACAUUCAUUGUUUGUACACAACUGUUAAAUGUACGCAGAAAUGUUUACAUUGUUUCAUUGUCUCUUGGAUGCACUAAAGUGCGGUCCGCACUCCUUGCAUCCAACAGAAUCAAGCUGUCCUGUGAUAAAUUAUGUACAAAUAUUUAAUCAAUAAUUAAUAAUAAAUAUUUCUGCAUGAUUAAUUAAACUUAAUGAUGAUUAUAAUAGAUUGAGAUACAAUAAUUUAUUAGUCAUUUUUCUGGUUUUAUUAAUUAAUGACAACAUUUUGUUUUUAGUUUGAUCUUAAAGAGAACCUAGAGAAAUGUAUUUAAAUUAUUAUUAUAUCUUAUCUUUGGUUGAAAUAUCGACCGUAAAAUGUACAUCUCUUUAUUUCUUGAGAUUGUUUACAAUUACGUAUUAAUUAAAGUUGCGUUCUUUUCUUCUAUGCGUAUGGAAGUGUUUUACUUAUUUAUGACUACCGGAUAUGACCUUUCGCUAAAGACGGUCGGGAAUUUUUCUUCAUAACAGGGUUCUGCAGUCACAUGAAAAAGUGCUCAGAGUGUUUAUUGAGAUUAUAUCUUUAGUUUACAAUAACAUUUUUAAAAAAAUUAAUAGUAAUAGUUUAGAUACCCAGAUACUGACCUUUACUGACCACCAUGUUGUUUUUAAGCAUAUUUAUCUCCCUUAUCUAUAUUAAACUUUCAAUAACUUUUUUCAAAGAGAUUUUUGUUCUUAUGCUGUCAACUUAUAAAUUUUUAAGUGUAUUUACUGAAAUGAAGGUCAAAAAAAUGUUAAUAAUAAAUUGAUGAAGUUGUU